AUGAAGAAGGAGGUGUGCUCCGCGGCCUUCCUCAAGGCAGUGUUCGCAGAGUUCCUGGCCACCCUCAUCCUCGUCUUCUUCGGCCUCGGCUCGGCCCUCAAGUGGCCGUCCGCGCUGCCUACCAUCCUGCAGAUCUCGAUGGCCUUCGGCCUGGCCAUAGGCACCAUGGCCCAGGCCCUGGGGCCCGUGAGCGGUGGCCACAUGAACCCCGCCAUCACGCUGGCCCUCCUACUGGGCAACCAGAUCUCCCUGCUCCGGGCAGCCUUCUACAUGGUGGCGCAGCUGGUGGGCGCCAUUGCCGGGGCUGGCAUCCUCUAUGGGGUGGCACCGCGUGAUGCCCGAGGCAAUCUGGCCGUCAACGCGCUCAACAACAACACAACUCCGGGCCAGGCCGUUGUGGUGGAAAUGAUUCUGACCUUCCAGCUGGCGCUCUGUAUCUUCUCCUCCACCGACUCCCGCCGCACCAGCCCUGUGGGCUCCCCAGCCCUGUCUAUUGGCUUGUCCGUCACACUGGGCCACCUGGUGGGGAUCUACUUCACCGGCUGCUCCAUGAACCCGGCCCGCUCUCUCGGCCCCGCAGUGAUCAUGAAGCAGUUCAGCCCCUCGCACUGGGUGUUCUGGGUGGGGCCCAUCGUGGGGGCUGCCUUGGCUGCUGUCCUCUACUUCUACCUGUUCUCCCCCAACUCCCUGAGCCUGAGUGAGCGUGUGGCCAUCAUCAAGGGCGCGUCUGAGCCCGAGGAGGACGGAGAGGAGCAGCGAGAGGAGCGGAGGAAGACCAUGGAGCUGACUGCCCAGUGA